CACAACUGCCCGUAUUUAAAAGAUUUUUUUCCCCACUUGCAUUCAUAACAUUACGUUUACUGGAUGUGUGUGUGGUGAAAUUGUGGACUUUUACUUGAGGGAAAUUUUGGACUUACAUUUUUAACAGCAUCGGAUUACAUUGUCUCCCCUCUCUGUACAUAAUCGUGUGACGUCAUCAACAUGGCACAAAACGAGCAUGCGCAACAGAACGGAACACAAAACAAAGAUGAAGCUCUGUCCAUCUUCGCCAAGUACCAGGUCAGCUUCGCCAGACGGCUCAAGAAACCGGAAGCCAUGAAUAUGCUAAUGACCGAGUUCAACCUCACCGAAAGCGAGGCUGAGAUUUUCUUCCAGGCCUUCGAUAAAGAUCACAACGACGUGCUUAGUCUGUGGGAGUUCCGGCAGUUCUACCAGACGAUUGGUGCCAACGCGCAUGACAUGAUCGAGCUAUUCCGGAAGUUGGAACAGGAAGGUUCCGGUACUGUGGACAUCGACAAGGCCUUCGACGAGCUGCGGGCAGCAGACAGCGGGAAGGGGAAGCUAUCCGACGACGAGAUCGCCAUGUUUCUACGUACCACAGCCGGGGACUCUAAGACCAUUGACCUCCACAAGUUUAUCAACAUGAUGUGCAGGCUCAAAGUUUACAAAGGGAUGGAGUAAACAUCGGGACUAUCACGUGACUGGGGAAAAUAAAUGCGGAUCGGAUGUUUGUGAAUGGAUUAGUGAGGAUGAAUAAGUAAAUGUUGGGAGCGGUGUGACGUCAUGGCAAUGCAAACGUAUGUGGCGUCAUGAAUGGGCGAAAUUUUUUUUUGACGUCAUGACAUUGCAAGUAUAUAUUCUGUACAUACAGUUUAAUCCGACAUAUCGUUGAACUAGCCCAGGUAUUUAAAUACAUAUAUCACAUUGUAUGUACAUUUAUAUUUACACUUUAAAAUACAUUGUUGGAAAGCGUUAAAGGGAAAUAACGCUGUUAAUCUUAAUAGGUGUUUUCUUUUUAACAGUUCGCUCCCUUGGUUGAUAAUUUUUAUUUUUUUUAUUUUAUUAAAUCAAUGGAAAUUCUUUAUUUCUAAAAUAAAAUUAGUCAUUUGGGUAUUAAUAAUACCUAGUUUUAAUUUACAAACUUAAAAAUGAUUUUUCUUUUAAUUUUGGAAAAUAUUUUAAAAUUACCCAAAUGGAUGUAUUGUUAUGAGUGAAAAUGUUUGCUUUUUAAAACUUAAAACAGUUUAAAAAUUGAUUUCGGUAAUAGUACUAGGCAUAGUUAUUUUUAUCGCAUUCUUGAGCUAUUGCUGCAAUGUCCUCUGUUAUUGUUAUAUUUCACAACAAACUACGUCCCUUGUUGACAUUCCAACCUUUGCUUUAAGACGCAAAAUAAAGUCAGCUCUUCUAUAAAAAGCAAUAAACACUUGCUCCACGCCCCUUUAAUUUAGAUUCCUGGAUGGUUUUUUCUAUAGAAAUUUGUAGCUGCUGCGUUAGUCAGAGAGAAUCUCAAACAGUAUCACACAAGUGGUGUAAUAUUAGUGGUUUUCAUUUAAGUGAUAGAUCACAUGUAACUAAAAGCAUCUAGUCAAAAAAAUGGACUGGUUUUAGAAGUUGUGAAAGCAUUUGGCAUGACAGGAAUGUCAGUGUGACAUUUGACAUGACAGGAAUGACAUUGACAAAUCUGGCAAGGGAGGACUGUCAGUGACACAUGUCAGUACAUGCCAAUCAUUGUCUACCACACACUGCCCAGUGUCACGUGCCUCAAUGCUGCAUACUGGGUCAGUCACAUGACUUCUUCAACCAAUCAUAUAACUUGGUAUCACCAUGUCUCAAGUCACAUGACUUCUUCAACCAAUCAAAUAACUUAAUAUCACCAUAUGUCUCAAAUGCUGUCUCUCCACACAUAAUAAAUGAACUGGAACACUCAAUUAACACAACUACAUAUGAAUGCCAUUUUUAAAAAAAACAUUCUAAGUUUUACACUUAAGAUUGCAAUGUAUGCAAAAUGACCAUAUUUUUAACAAUUUCUAUUGUUUAUAUUUUUAAAAAUGUAACACCAUGUAAGACCUAAUACAUAAAAAUUCUGACUAAAUUUGUAUUUACAAAUUUAACUUCUAGAUAAGUUUAAAGCAAUACAUUCUGAAACUGAUCUAUGUACCACUGUGUAGCAUUCGGCACCCGUGUACAAUUUUUUUUAGAACCUUUGUGAGACCCUCUUGAUAUGGAGCCCAUAAAAUUUUUUUCAGCAUGUUUCAACAUGCUGUUGUAUUUAAAAAUGUAUUUCCUUGUUAACUUUGAACCAGGGAUAUUGUACACUUGUGACAAUAAAAACUAUUUUACUUCUG